UGGUUUCUUUUUCAAGGGCAACAAUGAAAGGGGGAAAACCAAGUACAUAUCGUGUUAGUUCGUAGUUUCCAAGACAAAGGACAUGCCUCCGUUAAAAAGCGUUAACUAGGAAGGACAAUAGUGUUGGCUAUUCACACGGGAAUGUGAUGGAACGGAUCACUAUCCACUCGUGGUUGAUAGCAUUGUAGCUUCGUCAACGUUUACCUUCCCUUCUCCCAUUACUUCACACGCUUUGCCUUCGCUUUCCCAAUUUAGUUUUUGCUCUCUCUCUCCGUUGUCUUUGCCUCUCUUUCCUCGUUUCCUCUUUUAUUUUAAUAUUUAGUAACAAUAAAUGCACACGUUUCGUUUUUCUUCAAAACCUGCUAGCUUUCUGCAUCAGUCUCCAUGACUCAAGGUUCUUGAAGUUACCUGAGGGGAAAGGAAAGAUGGGUAGUGGUUACAUUGGAUUUUCACGGUGAUAGCAAUAGUGGGUAGUGUUUGUUUCGGGUGGUUUUUGUGCGUAACAGAUUAAAUUUUUAGUUUUGGGUUUUCAAAAUGUGGAGUAGAUGGAGAUGUGUUGGAUCAUUGAGGCAAAGGGUAUCUGGUGUUUUCAAUGGAAGCCAUGGUUGUGGCGGAAAAGUUCAACCUUUUGAUCCUUUUUUGUUGGGUUUGAGGGAUUUUGCAAUGGAGUGUGGUGCAAGGAGAAAAGGAGUGGCAUCUUUAUCAGUUUUUUGGUUGAAUCAGAUGAAGAGGGGUGUGUCUUCCUCAACUUGGGUUUCAUCCCCUAAUGAUGUUAGUUCCAAUUCAUGUGGGAAUGGUGGUGUCAGCAAUGGGAAUGGGAAUGGGAAGGGAACAGAAAACUCUAUAUCCUUCUCUGAAGCUAAGAAGCUUAUGAGAUUGGUGAAUGUGGAAUCGCUGAAGGUGAAGCUUGGUAUGGAUGGGAAAGAGGUUAUUCCCUUCUGUGAACUUCUUGAAGCGUGUGAGAGCAUGGGUGUUGCAAGAAAUUCUGAGGAGGCUAUAGCAUUUGCCAAGGUUCUUGAUGAGGCUGGGGUUAUUCUUCUUUUCCGGGAUAAGGUUUAUCUUCAUCCUGAUAAGGUGGUGGAUCUGGUUAGAAGAGCAGUUCCACUGGCAUUAACGGCUGAGAAUGAUCCUAUGAGGGGUGAGUUAAAGAUGCUGCAAGAGAAGAAGGAAGAAAUCGAUGUGUUGGCGCAUAAGCAGGUGCGGCGCAUCCUUUGGUCUGGACUAGGAUUUGGUUUGGUUACUGUUGGACUAUUCUUCAGGUUAACAUUCUGGGAAUUCUCAUGGGAUGUAAUGGAACCUAUUGCAUUCUUUACCACAACCACUGGCUUAGUCAUAGGCUAUGCCUACUUCUUAUUCACUUCAAGAGACCCUACUUACCAAGACUUCAUGAAGAGGCUCUUUCUUUCAAGACAAAGGAAGCUUCACAAGAGGUACAAAUUUGAUGUGGACAGAUUCAAGGAGCUUCAAUGCAAGUGCAAGACACCUUUAGAUGCCAGAACCAUUUUGAAAAAUCGCAUAGGGGUGGAAUUGGAUUUGGAAGAUGCUUUACACAGAGAUUAAUUAACAUUUUUUUUUCAGGUGAUUUUAUAAUUUUUACAUUAAAACAAAAAAAAGAAAACUCUUACAUUUAACUUCGUUCUCCUCUGUUUUCAUGUUGGUGGGGUGAAGCUUAUUCUAACAUUUGUUCUGGCUAGUGAGUCAUCAAUGUUCUCUUCAUAUACAUUUUUACAUGCCAAAAAGAUUAUUUUUUCUUCCAUUUGAUUGCACAAUGUAUUUUAUUUGUGAAAAAGUUUGUAAUCCAAAUUUGUUACAGAAGAGAAGAAACGUGUGUAGGAGGAGAUUAACUUU